CUGCAGUGAGCCGCGCGCACGAUCAGUUCUGGGUUCGGUGUCCGUAUGUAACACGUGUGUCUAUAAGGUACUGCGUCACCAAGUCCGAAACCUGACAGCUUCCCCAGGCGAAUAAUCUGCGGCCAGAAACAGGAAACAUGGACGACGAAGUGUUGACAACUCUGAAAAUACUGAUAAUCGGCGAAAGCGGCGUCGGAAAGUCAAGUCUCCUGUUGAGAUUUACUGAUGAUAUGUUUGAUCCAGACCUUGCAGCGACAAUAGGUGUUGAUUUCAAAGUGAAAACCAUUGCAGUCGAUGGAAACAAAGCAAAGCUUGCAAUUUGGGACACAGCAGGACAGGAACGGUUCCGAACUCUGACGCCAAGCUACUAUCGUGGGGCCCAAGGCGUCAUCUUGGUUUAUGAUGUUACAAAACGUGAUACAUUUACCAAGCUUGAUAACUGGCUAAAUGAGUUAGAGACGUACUGCACAAGAUAUGACCUCGUGAAAAUGCUGGUUGGAAACAAAAUUGAUAAGGAAAACCACGAAGUAGACAGGAACGAAGGCCUCAAAUUUGCAAGGAAACAUUCCAUGCUUUUCAUUGAGGCAAGUGCAAAGACUCGUGAUGGGGUGCAGUGCGCGUUUGAGGAGCUGGUCGAGAAGAUCAUCCAGACCCCGGGACUUUGGGAGAGCGAGUCGCUGAGUCCAGGUGUGCAGCUCUCCCACCAGGACCAGCGGAAGGGGAGCUCCUGUCGAGGCUACUGCUCCUUGGUCUAAGUGCAAACUGGUCCUUUCGUUGAAGGAAAGCAUUGUUAUCUUCAUCAUUAUUCAAUGUUAAAUGACUUAAUCCUAUUCCAGACCAUACUUGCUGUGGUUGCACCCGUCUGGGGGUUUAAAGGGGAGGCGGCCAUUAAGAGAUGCUGCCGUUUGCACAUUAUAAGCUUCACUACUUGAGUUUGUUUAGGAUUUCGUAAAAGGCACGUCUACUACUGGCAGAAUCUGGGUCAGGGAUACCGGUGCAACUGUCCUGUUCCCUGUGUGCCGCCAAACUCUCCACGGUGGCGGACUGGCAAGGAUGCUUUGUAGACAAUGUCACUUAGCAUCACUCAUGAUGGAAGCUAACUGUUUAACUACUAGGCGUUUUAGAAUAAAAGAAUACUUGAUGGCAACUCAGUUAUAAUGGCAGCAAGGGAAUGUAGUUAUAAAGGAGAUAUACCUCACAGUCCGUUAAUAUGUAGAGAUUGCUGUUACACACUGACUUUUGUUUCUGGAACCUGCAUGAGCAAAAUUAAACAGCCAGAACUGUCGCUAGAAUGUUGUUUUUCCCAGAAUUUCAAGCAAAAACUGCUCUAACAAAGCCUUCUUUUUGUUUAACCAAUGAAAACCCAGCCGGUUUCUGUCUGGUUAAAGAAAUAUGGAUUAUGGAUAUUUAACAGCCCACUUGUUCCCAGAAUCGCCUGCGGAUGUUUUUGAUUUGUGUCUGAAGCAUGGGGGCAAAAAAAAAACUAGUGUUUUCAAAUGUCAGAUAUGUUUUAUAAAUUGCCAGUUUUCCCUCAGGUUUCCUAAUACAUGUUCUUAUGUAGUCUUCUGUUUCCUAUAUUCAUGCUUAAAUGAUCUGUAGCUGACCCACAUACAGCCUUGAGAAGUGGAUGUCCUUUGGAUGUACAGGCCCACUUCGUUUGGCAUUCGACUGAUUGCUUUGUUUUUUAAGAAACAGGUGUCCAGUAACUAAUGUCUGCUCUUCCAGCAGAAGUGCACUGGGUGUCCUGCUUACCAUUUUAGCUCCGUCUUCCGCUGCAGAGAUUCUUGUUUUACGGCUCUUUCCUUUUCUCAUGUUUAAUGGUUUUUAGUGCCACACUAAGUCAUUCGUGAUGAGAAUCGGUGCAGUGGUGCAUUCGGUCCUUUCAGUCAAAGCCCUAAAAGAACUGGCCUUAACAUAUGUCCUUAAUAUAUUUUAUUCUUGUCUUUAAUUCAUAGUAUCUAUGUUAAUAAAUGUGUUUUUAUACUUAGUUCACGCUUUUUCAUUACUGUCUUGAUAUUUUUGUGGUAUUAUUUUUGGGAUUAAGGAAGCAGUAAUGAAUUUUUUUUUUUAACCCAGUAAUGGUGACUGUUUGCUGUUGGGUAAAAUGUGUAUCUUUUGUGCGUGUGUGUAUGUAUCUAUGUAGAUGCAAUAACAUUUACUAAUUCAUUGUAAAAAUCUAUAAUAAAUCCAAAAUAUGGGUUUUUCAGUACGAAAUAACUGUAACUAGCAUUAAUGUGUGAAAACUUUGUGCCUGCCAAGUAUUUUAUAGUUACUAAGCCUGCAAGACACAUACCCAAAGUAUGUAAUAAUAUAUGAAACCAAUUUACUUGGGCUACUGAUUUUAAUCUGGUAAGUAACUCGGUCCAAAGGUGGACUUAAUGUUACAAUAAAAAAUUUGAAAUGGCUGCCGAACAGAAA